GUGAUUCAACAAAGUUUGCCUUUUUGUUCUCUGAUAAAUAGAAGUUCAAGGAGGUAUUAUUUGUUUUGGUAAGAACUUUGUACAGUACCAUGUUGAGAGCUAUAUAUUGUACUAUGCAACUGUCAAAUACAUUAGUUAUUCACAUCCAGCAGGCUGAUCUAUUCAGAUGUCACAUCAACGUUUCACUUACAGAUUUAUGUAAAGUUGUAUACAGUAAAUAUUCAUUAUAGGUAACAGAUAUUUUUAAGGAUAUAUAAAAAGACAUGGGUCUGACAAGCAUUAUAGUCGAGACCGUUUCCACCAACAUCACUCCAGUCUUAGUGUUCUCAGUUAUAUUUACACUGUUCUGGAGAUAUCAACAGACGAGUCCAUAUAAGUACCCACCUAUGCUUCCAUGGAAGUUACCAUUCAUAGGCCACUUGACAUUCUUCAACGCUAAGAGCACGGGAGAACAUGAAUUCUGGGAAGCGUCCAAAUCAAUGGACAGUCCGAUCAUUACGGUACAUCUGGGUCGACUGCCAAUACUGAUUCUCCAUUCUUAUGAGGAUGUUAAGGAGUGUUUCAGUAAUGAAGACUUCAUGGGAAGGAUCAAAGAUGUUUUGAAAGAUGUGUUUAAUGGCUUGUUGAGGGAUGGACCUCAGUGGAAAGAACAACGGAGAUUUGCUCUCCACGCCUUACGUGAUUUAGGACUUGGGAAGAACCGUAUGGAACAUCAAAUUCAAGAUGAAUGCAGGCACCUUACUAAAUAUCUCGAUGAAUACCUUGGAAAACCAAUGAACCCUACAAUGAUGACGAAUACCGUUUCAUCAAAUAUAAUCUGUGCAAUGGUGUUUGGUCAUCGCUUUGAUUACAGCGACCUGUCUUUUAAACGAAUGAUGUUUCUUAUGAAUGAAAAUUUUACCAAAAACAUGCGAAAAGCCAUCUUGGGAUCUUUUAUACCUGGUACAAAGUUUAUACCAGGGGACUUCUUCUGUUUUAAAAAACUAGCAGAUAAUAUUGAAGAAAUCAAAGGUACUAUCCUUCGACCUGAAUAUGAAGAACAUCUUAAGACAUACGAUCCAAAUAAUAUUGGGGACUUUAUACAUGCCUUCAUCCGUGAGCAGAUUUCACAUGAAAAUAGCACAGAAGAACAUUGGUUCAACAGCCAGCAGCUGAUGUGGAACAUGGAUGACCUUUUCAGUGCAGGAACAGAGACCACAGCAACUACAUUAAGGUGGGCAUUUCUAUGUAUGAUCCACCACCCCAAAGUGCAGAAAAGAGUACGAGCAGAAAUCCUGGAAGCUAUAGGAGCUGAGAGACUUCCAUCCAUGCAUGAUAAGAAGCUGUUAAGCUAUACAGAAGCAACAAUUAAUGAGAUCCAGCGAAUGUGUUUGAUCACUCCUCUAGGGGGACCAAUACAUGUGACUGAACAUACAACACAAUUCAAGGGAUAUGUUCUUCCAGCUGGUACUGGGGCCAUGGCCAAUGUCUAUGCAAUACACCAUGACCCUGAAUACUGGGAUGAACCUUUCAAGUUUAAACCAGAGAGAUUCAUAGGCCCUAAUGGGAACUUCCAGAAAGAUGAUCAUGUGAUGCCUUUCUCAGUAGGUAAACAUUCCUGCCUUGGAGAAUCAUUAGCCAGGAUGGAGCUAUUCCUGAUCUUUGUCUCCAUACUACAGAAGUUCUCUAUUCAACUCCCCGAGGGUUCACCUGUACCAUCUAUGGAGGGUAAUAAAGGACUGUCAGUGGGACCACUGCCUUAUGAAGUCUGCUUUAUUAG